CUGCACGGAGACAAUUCGUUGCGUUACCCUCCGCUGGUCGAAGGCCGCUUCAUAAAGCGCCUGAACCGUUUCGCCGCUCUCGUCGACAUCGAUCAUCGCGAGCACCUGGUCCACGUGGCCAACUCCGGACGCAUGGAAGAGCUGCUGGUGCCGGGCUUCCGCGUCCUGCUGGCUCCAGCGCCCCAGCCGUCCGCCCGAAAAACCACCCACGAUCUCGCAAUCGUUGAUACCGGCAGUACCCUCUCAUCCGCCGAUGCCCGAUUGCCCAACCGUCUGGUUGCCGAGGCCAUCGCCGAGGGUCGCCUGCCCCAAUUCGCCGGCUAUCCGGUGCUGCGCCCCGAAUCCACGUUCGGCGAGAGCCGGCUGGACUUUCGCCUCGACGGCCCCACGGGAACCUGCUACGUGGAAACCAAAUCGGUAACCCUGGUAGUUGAUGGAGUCGGGCUGUUCCCGGACGCGCCCACCAUCCGCGGCGUCAAGCACCUGCGCAGCCUGAUGAGCGCUAUCGACCAGGGCCAUCAGGCGUCGGUCAUUUUCGUCAUCCAGCGCUCCGACGCCAACGCCUUCGCUCCCCACGAUACCGCCGAUCCAUUGCUGGGACAAACCCUGCGACAGGCCGUGGCCAGAGGUGUACAGGCAUGGGCAUAUCGUUGUCACCUGGACGAUACCAGCAUCGUUCUGGCCGACAGCAUACCGGUGCGACUGUAA